UACUUAAAGGUUGCAUUUCAUCAUAAUAUAAAAUAGGCAAAUCCAUCAUUUUUCUUUUCUCAGUGCUCUUGGAUCGCAUUUGAAGGGAAAAUUAGAAACUGUUCAUUUUGGCUGGCAGGCUCCGGAGUAGUACACAGCUAGCUCUAUUCCAUGCAUUGCAGCAUGAUGGAAGGGGGUCCAUAACUGCUGGAAUUGAGCUGAAUUUUUCCUCUUGAACCUAAAGAAGCAGCACAUUUGUAACACCAAGGAUGGAUUACCCAAAGAUGGAUUAUUUUCUGGAUGUUGAAUCUGCUCACAGACUGUUCUACAGUCAAGGAGCUCAAGCUCGCCGGGCGACCCUGCUCCUUCCUCCCACAUUAAUGGCGGCAUCUUCGGAGGAUGAUAUAGACCGGCGGCCCAUCAGGAGAGUCCGGUCCAAGAGCGAUACUCCGUAUCUCGCCGAGGCUAGGAUCUCCUUUAACCUAGGGGCAGUUAACACUCUUGAUGAUGUUCUCUUCAUCUCCCAGAGUGACAGUGCUGAUGGUGUUAUUUUCUCUGUUGGAAUUUCUUCCAUUAGCAAGAUUGAUGCUGCUACUCUUUGUAGCUGA